UGAGAAAAGGAAUAACAUGUAACACAUUUCGACACCAAUGGAAGGACUUUUUAUAAUAACGCUACUGUUCUUGAGUUCUCUAUCCGUCCCGUUACCAAAAUGGGUACACAGAGUAAAAUCCUGUCCAGAACCAAACAAUAUAACGGAAUGGAUAGAGGCCUCCAAACAAUUGAAUUGUCUCUAUGAUUUGACUUCAAAAAAACCUGAAGAGCAAGGGAUGAUCUACCAUUGUCUAGCUAGUACUUAUCUCAAUGAAUCUGUGGAAUUUUGUGGAAGAAGUGUGCCUAUUGCACCAGGAAAUUGCCCAAUUUACAACUACAUGUUUUCAAGUAACAAAGCACCUAGUUAUUACAACUGCUCAAAAUUUUUGAACGGAUGUCCAAAUAAGAUGAUCCAUUCAAAAGAAGUUUACAAACACCCUGAUUGUCUGAGUAUUAAUCCAGAAAAGAAAUGUUUCCGUGCGGAUGCAAAUUGCGAAAAGGAAACAAAAAACAAAUCUGCUCUUUCAAUAACAAACCAAACAGGAGACACUACACUGAAUGAUACAGUUUUCAUUGUUGGAUCAUUGGAAAACGAGACAAAACCUGAUGAGAAAAAAGAACAUAUAGUGCCCGAAAGAGACAUGCUCUGGAUGUUACCGGUCGGGGGUCUUAUUGGAGUUAUUAUUACAGGCAUUGUUGUAACUAUUACCCGAAGAAAAAAACUAAUACAGUUUUUCAAAACAAUUCGGAUGAAAAAAACACGCAUGGUUGAUAAUAAUGAUGAUGCAACACAAGUGAAAUUAUUGCCCGUCAUAGAGAUGACGAACAACAAUCCAACAGAUAAUGACAGCGACACUGACAAUACAGCCAGCAAGGGAAGCGACUCUGCUAUAGCGACAAUGGAUUCAGAUUCAGAGAAAAAUGAAGAUAAUUGUGAUCCAAUAGCUUUGCACGAAGAAACUGAAGAAAAGAGAAGAAUUUCAAACAAGGUGAAAGAAAGAGAUGAGAAAAGAAGAGCUAACCAAAAGUCAUGUGACAUCAAAAUUGAAAAUGAGGAAAGUAAAUCUGGAAAAGCCAUCAGAGGCCUAAAUGCAUUUACCAGAUUCUCCUGUAACAAAGCAUUCAGUGACUUCUUGCAGGAUAUGAGUGAAGAUAUGUCAGCUGAAACGACAAGAAAAAUGAAAGAACUUUUAAAAGACCGCAUGUGUGAUCCUGAUCCUGAAUUAGAUGACGUGAGGACACCAAAGAGUUUACUAGAGUACAUGGAUAAUAAGUUCUCUUUGUACAAUAAUGUAUCAAUUCUUCAAGCAUAUGCCUUGGCAAUUCAACCCCCUGAUGAAAACAUGUACAAAAAAUGUUUGCAGUACUCAAAGAGCAGAAAUGACGAAGUGUUUUACUUUGAAAAAUUUAAGUCUCAAUUGAAAGGCUAUGAAAGAGUGGUGUUUCAUAUUGAUUGUAAGAAUAUCGCUUCAUACAAUAGAGGGGAUCUAGAUACACUGCAAAAAGACUUAGCUACAUUUCUACGAGCUGAACCAGAUGAUGUGAUACUUGUUGGUAUACAAGAAGGAAGCAUUAUACUCACAUUUAUGAUCAGGGAUAAAUUAAUACCUACCCUGAGGUCGAUAUUUUGUGAGAGAAAUUCAUGGAAGUACAUAACAUAUCGAAUGCUGAUUUUACGGCAUCUGACCUUCAGAGUUUUUAAAGUAUUUAUCACGAAUGAAAUCGUUUACGAACCAGCGGAUAAACAGCUGCGUGAUGUGAACCCAGAAAUGAUGCUUGAUAAAAGUUCAGAAGGCAGAGAUGAGAAAGCGAAUGCUGACGAAGACAAAAGCAAAAAAUGCACAGCGGAUGUCAAAGAAGAACACGUAGACCAUGAAAGAAAUUUGUCGAUGACGUCUUUUCUAGAGGAAUUGGCAGGUUCAAUAACUGACGAUAUUUUGGCUUCAAUGAAAGUCGUCCUAAAGGGUAUUGUAGACGAGGGAGUGAUGGAGGGAUUAAAUGCACAGAGACUUUUGAACAACUUGAAAGAGGAUUUUAAAAUCGAAUAUAAUAUCUGUUUCCUGCAAUGGAUAUUUGAGAAAUGCUCCGCGCAUGAACUGAGCACUAAAUGUUCUGUUUUUGCAUCAAAGCGUCAACAUCUUUUCCCAUUGAUUUACUUCGAUUCAGAUUUGUCAGAAAAAGAAGGAGAUGAGAGACAUUGCAUCAGAGUGUAUGUUGAGAAGGAGUUGGAAAAAUGUCAGACUGAAGUGAACGAUAUCAGAGAUUUGUUGGCUAAAGAACUUAAUGUGGACAGUGGUGAAAUGGUCAUUGUUGGGCUAGAGAAAGGGUCUGUCACUAUUGUAUUUAGACUUUUAGAAACGCCUACCACAGAGUUUAUGUCACACAUCAGCAAUGAAACGGAUGAGUUUUUAGUCCAUUUAUCUCGAAAGGGAGUACGAAGAAUCAAAUGUGGCCAAAGAACAAUUAAUACCGAAAAGGUUCCGGAAUUCAUUCAUCUCCACUUGAUUAAUACGCAAGAAGCAAAUACUUUAAAAAAUGUAAAAACAGCUUUUUCGACAGUACUACACAAAGUGAAGAUUUCAAUGGAUAAACCAAAAGUGUUUCUUCGAACUAAAUACAAGCCAAAGCCAACAGACAUAAUUGCAAAUGACAGCGGCAUACUAAAGCGACCAUUCUUACUGGAGGAAAUGGAACCCAUGGAACUUUUGCAUGACAAACAAAUAAGAAAAACAUUUGGAAAGACGGAUAUCACGAAGAUAUUGUCAGGUCAAAGCCGAAAGGAAAAAAUCACCACUUUCUUAGAUACUGUAGAAACCUUUCCUAAGCAGAAAAGAGACGAAUUGUGGAAGAUGGUAUCAGAACACAUGCAAUGUCCGAAAGACCCAUGUAAGGAGAAGAGAAGCUCCAUUUUUGUAUAUAAAGACCAAGAGGCACUACCAAGUCUUGAAGAAUUACUAGAAGAGAUUGAUACAUCAAUUAUGACCGAAACUUUUGCAAAAAUUGGAAAUGUACCGGAAGAAAUACAACAGAAAUGUAACAGUGCUUCAGGAGAAAGUCGCAGAAACAGAGCAGAAGUAUUUUUGAACUUUAUCGAAGGAAAUCAUAAAAAGAUUUUCGCAGAAGUUUGGAAUCAUCGCCAGAAAUAUGAAUGAGAAAUCGUUCUUUAAUGAGGCAUUUUGUGUAUUUUUUAAAUUAAUAUAAAAUAUUUCAGUGGAUUUUUAUUGAAGUGAUGUAUUGUUUAUGUAUUUUUAACUUUUCGUUUAUAUAGCUGUAGAUACUUCUUCUUAUACCUUCUUUAUUCGUAGUUUACCAUACAAAAAUGGCAACUUUAACAGGAAUAAAACGAAAUUGAUUCAGGGGAGGGGAUGACAAUUUGGAAGAUUCAAAUGCUAAAAAUUGAUUCAGAUGAACACUGCGGAUUUUUUUUGUAUAGUUCUAUUGGUAGUUAAGUUUGUACAUAUUCACACACCUUUUUUAAGGACUGUGUUAAAACUUAAUUUGCACUGCAAUGCUGAUUGAUUUUGUUGGAGUUUUAACUCUUGUGUUAGUGACUUUGACACCAAUGCAGGCAAUCAGUGUAUGAUAUACAGGACAUUCGACUGGAUCUUUUUUAAUAUUUGAAAGGUUAAUGGAGAAAGUGUGCAAGUUCAUAAUUCAUUGGGCAAAGAAAAUAUAUAAAUGUUUUAACUUUGAACAUAUUACAGUUGAAAAGCUUUGGAUAUAUAUAUAGAACCCAAAAAUGAAUUCUAAUUACGUUUUCACGUUUUCGUCAUACAUUUGGUGUGUCUUAUAACCAUGAUGUACUAGUAUGUGUCAAAACAUAUCUUUUUAAAGUUGUAUUUUCAUUUUUUGGAAGAAAACAUACUUCAACUGCUUCCAUUUAUUUCAAUUUUACCAACCUAUGAUUUAACAUAUCUGCCCCUUAAACAUUUUGUCUGUCCUUAUUGCAUGCGUAUGCACAUUUGUUGUUU